CACUAUGUGGCCAAAGUCAAAUCCGAGCUGAUAUUUUUGAAUAGAUGCUGGCUGAGGAUACGAUCGGAAGUAGAAGAAAUAAAAAAAAAUAGAUUUUUGAAAAACGAAUCAAAGAAAUUUGUUGCGGCAGUCGCGAAGGCGGCGCCGCUGAGUACGGUUGUGGAUCACUGGUGCUUCUGGAGGCAGUUAGUGUUGGCGGGCUUUGCCAUCGUGAGCGCACAACGCAGCCCACUCGGUUGGGCCAUGGGCAGCUCACAACGUCUGGCUGCUGUGGCGGCUGUAUCACAUGCUAAGCAUUAUUACAACCACACGCAGCCAAAUGUCAUUCAAACCGAAUCGACUCACUAUAACAUCAAUAUAUUCUUUGUAAGUGCCACGCUAUGCGGCGUGCUGGUGGCGGUGUGCGCGGCGUGCUGCCGGCGGCCCGCGUCCUCCGACAAGCCGGAGGAGAUGUCCGAGUGCCGCGGCGUCUAUACCGUCAGCGCUGACGCCAGACUGACUCCGGUGAGUCUCGCUUUAUUGUUAAUAGAACUGGCGGGACCUCCACCGGCGUACGACAUAGCAGUGGCGGAUUCAUCACAAAAAGACGUCAUUACAUUGCAGGAGGUAAUGACAGAAGGGUGCCGCUGUCACAAAGGGCGGGGAGACAGCGGCUUGCCGUCGUACGAAGCGGCCGUUCUGCUGAAAGACACUAAGUUAUAAUAAGUUGCUUUACUGUGUGUAAUGUUAAGCUAUUGAUAAUGAAGAAAUGGUGUACACCACGGACGUAGACAGAUUUUUCAGAUUCAAAACUCCAUGGUGAACACUUAUAGCUUAUAAAUGAACAUCCAGGGCAUCUGAUAGAUAGAAGAGCAGACUAA